CGGGAUUUGCUGCUGCUUGCAAUUGAAUGGCCCGCCAGAAGAAAGACAGCUUGUAGCUGUACGCCGCUCUUCCAUUCUGCAUUUCCGCUGUUACUGCUACAGUGGACACUCUUCUUCGUUCUUCUUCCCAGAUUUGUCAAUGGCGGUUGAGAUAACGAACUUCAGCCGUCUUCUCCUCUUAUUGUUCUUUCUCGUGGUCUCUUCCACUUCGGCGGAGAAUGUCACUUACGACCACCGUUCACUCAUCAUCGACGGUCGGCGCCGCCUCCUCAUCUCCGCCUCCAUCCACUAUCCUCGCAGCGUCCCCUCCAUGUGGCCGGGCCUUGUCGCGUCUGCGAAGGAGGGAGGAGCUGACGUGAUCGAGACUUACGUCUUCUGGAACGGUCACGAACUUUCCCCAGGAAAUUAUUCUUUCGAGGACCGUUUCGACCUCGUAAAGUUUAUAAAUGUUGUUAAGGAUGCGGGGAUGUAUCUGAUUCUCCGAAUCGGGCCUUUUGUUGCUGCUGAGUGGAAUUUCGGAGGGAUUCCUGUUUGGCUGCAUUACAUUCCUGGUGUUGUCUUUCGAUCGAACAGCCAGCAGUUCAAGAGUCAUAUGCAAAGCUUUAUGACAUUUAUAGUGAACAUCAUGAAGCAGAAUAAGUUAUUUGCAUCGCAGGGAGGUCCAAUCAUUUUGGCUCAGGUUGAGAAUGAAUAUGGUGAUACUGAAAAAGUUUAUGGAGAUGGUGGGAAGCUUUAUGCAAUGUGGGCUGCAGAUAUGGCGCUUUCUCAAGACAUUGGUGUACCUUGGAUUAUGUGUCAGCAGUAUGAUGCACCUGCACGUGUGAUUAAUACGUGCAACUCUUUUUAUUGUGAUCAAUUUGCUCCGAACUCCCCCAGCAAACCAAAGAUUUGGACAGAGAAUUGGCCAGGGUGGUUUCAAACCUUCGGCACAAGCAAUCCUCACAGACCCCCAGAAGAUAUUGCUUUUUCUGUUGCACGUUUUUUCCAGAAAGGAGGCAGCCUUCAAAAUUAUUACAUGUAUCACGGUGGGACGAACUUCGGUCGCACUUCUGGGGGGCCAUUCAUCACCACAAGCUAUGAUUAUGAUGCGCCCAUUGAUGAAUAUGGGUUGUUGAGGCUUCCCAAAUGGUCACACUUGAAGGACCUCCACAAAUCUAUAAAAUUAUGUGAACAUGCAUUAUUGUACAGUGAGCCAACACAUCUGCUUAUUGGUCCUCUGCAAGAGGCCAGUGUUUAUGCUGAUUCUUCUGGAAGUUGCGCUGCAUUCCUAGCUAAUAUGGAUGACACAGAUGAGAAGUGGAUAGUAUUCCAGAACAGAUCCUAUCACCUUCCAGCUUGGUCAGUUAGUGUACUUCCUGACUGCAAAACCAUUGCCUUUAAUACUGCAAAGGUUCGUUCUCAAAUUUCCAUGGUAGCUAUGGUGCCUGAAAGUCUAGUAGCUUCAAAGACUAUUCAGGAGAAGGGUUCUAAUGGUCUACAAUGGCAUAUUUACAAGGAAAAGACUGGGUCCGUAGAGAAAACUGACUUUGUGAGGCAUGGAUUUGCUGAUCAUCUUAAUACAACAAAGGAUGCCACCGAUUAUCUCUGGUAUUCAACAAGAUUUCAUGUGGAUGAAGGUGAAAAGUUUUUGAAUAAUGGGACUCAACCCAUUCUCAUGGUUGAGUCAAAAGGCCAUGCUGUUCAUGUUUUUGUAAAUGAGGAGAUUAUAGGCUUCAUAAUUCUCUGGGGUCCCUUUUGCCCCACUUAUCAUGUAGUUCUGAUAUGGGAACCCUUUUGUCCCAACUACAAUGAUAAGGAAUUCACUGUUAAACUCAGCACUUUGUCCGCAAUAUGCUGUAGUCUUUCACUGCCUCUUGCUAUAGAACUUCUCCACUUCUGCUAUAGGACUUCUCCGCCUCUUUCUACAGAAUUUCUCUGCAUUGCUUUAACAAAAACAGCAGCAUUCCCAUGA